UUAUAAACUUCAUGACUCAUUGUUCAUUUGCUGCUCUACAGCACCACCACUGUUCUGUGCCGUCUGGCAAACAUUUCUAACUGCGUCAAGAGUAUAAGAGCUCAGCUCAGAGAGGACAUUUGCUGAGAAACCAGAGUUGGGCUACAAGACAUUGUCGGCUACCAAGAGUUGAAAUGGGUCUUCCAGCCUUGGGUCUGAUACCGUUUUUGGGGCCCCUUGCGUUUCCAGUAGCAUUGGGAACAGUCGCAGUAGGGGGGUUUAUAUUGAUUAAGGCGAUUCAUAAGAAACCUUCGUAUCAUCCAGGAAGUCCCAUAAUAACACGUUCCGUGAAGGUAAAGUCAAAUAAUGCUUCUGGAAAUGAACCCACUGGAAAUGCUGCCAGCAAGACGACAGAAGGACAGCAGAGCAGCAAUGAAACUACCAUCAUAAUUGCUUACGGCCUUGGAGUGGUUGAUACUUAUAAAAAUGUUAAAAAAGGUAGACCAUCUCAGUUUGGUCCGGGUAACUUUCGCAUGGCAGAGGCAGACCAUAUUCCACCAUUGGCUUCUCUGAGGAUAGCCCGAAACCAUGAACGACUGGAUCGUCUCCUACAAGUGAAUCCAAGGCUUCAUGAGAUGAUCAUGAGCCUUGAUUAUGACCCAACUGGACAGAACCUGUUAACCAUGAGGGUUCUUUACCAGGAUCACAGAGAUGCUCUGACUACUGGAAACAGCAGGGAAUCUCAAGUAUCCAGUCGUCUGCUGGCAGAGACAAUCGUAGACGGAGAUGCUGCACUUAUGCUGAGGAAGGCUUUUAUCAUGGGUCAUCCUAUAUCUUCCUGGCAGCUCAGAGAAGACGCAGGAUUGGCCGCACCAUAUACCGAUGGUAACAUUGACAUGUCUGAUGAAGGAACAAGGCAGUACUACAGAUAUGGCUACAUUGAGCUGGUCGAAGCAUACCACAAGAAGGGGAUAAUCAACAAGAAUCAAGCAGAACAGCUCAUUUCAUGGGUGAAAAGAGAGAUGUACCUGGACCGGGAUACCCAAGAGUAUAAGGAGAUCCUUGAUGACAUUAAACGUCAUAUUUGUGUUUUCCGGUGGUAGAAAUAGCAAACAAACUCAGACAACACAGAGUAAAUCCAGAUUGUGUAAUCUAACAUGCUGGCUAGACCGGACGCGUCACGUGCGCGAGCGUCGCAAAAUACAUUUUGAAAUACAUUUAUGUACGAUAGCGCACGUGCAUAGAUGUUUGGGUGUAACGGGAGUUCCCAAGUUAAAAACGUUUCUAUGAUAUGCAAAUUAUGGAAUUCAGUAUAGUUGGAUUCUAGUUUGAAAUAUACUAAUUCAUGUUGCCAUUCUAGAACUCAUUGAUUAAUUUACAUGUAUAAGGAAUGCAUAUGCUGGGGUCAAGGAAGGGUAGAUAGGGACUUGUGGAAAGUUACAGUGUAGAAAGUUCAUAUUCUGCUCCAUGUUUCUAAGGAGGGAGUCGAAGGGCAAUAGUUAGUCUCUGAUAAGGCAGGCCAGCUGAGGAACUAGGGAGGGGCGAGGAAUGCAUCUCGAGGUCAAGUCAACAAAUGAAGUGAUAAGAAACCUCGGAGGCAGGCCAGAGAGACCCACCACAAUGACUCUCCUACUGCAGUCCUAUUUCACACAUAUACUUCCAUGCAUGAAGGUUUUAGUAUCAGGCAGUGCUAUAACUACACCAGUGAGAAGAACCAAUUACGUUUCUGCCUAGCAACAGCGAUGUAUUGGCUGUCUAGAUGUGUAAGGACAUGAUCCCACAUAUUAGAAGGUAAUAAAUAUAUCUGCUUGUGUAAUCAUGCCUUGUCUUUGCAGCUGUGUGACCCAGUGGGUGAAUAAACUUGGUUUGAGCUUUG